UUUUAAUUAAGUUGAAUGUAAAUUUAUAAAUAUCUGUAGAUGAAAUUUGAUUUUAUUUGAUUUUUUAUGGACCGGAAGAAGAAUUAAUCUCUGUAAAAUGCAGGUCUCUCGUUCUCUGCUGAAUAUUAAUCAUUAAUGCUCUCUGCACUUCCCGUUUUCCUUUUGGAAUUUCAACGGACUGCUCAUUUUUGGAAGUAAAACAUAUUUGAAAUCUAUGGAUUUUCUCACCACUCAAAGUUGGAGUGCCAGAAGAAGCCACGCCUCUGGUUCUGCAAUACAUCUUUCUCCUGUUCACGCUUACAUUCCUAACGGUGCCAACUUCAUCAGCCUUUUUGGUGCUCGCGAAGUUUCACCACGCGGCGGUUCUAAGCUUCGAAUGAGGGCCUUUGCCACUCGCAAAGCUGCCAAGAAAUUGAGAAGAGGUGGACAACGAGGUGGAAAUUCAAGUAAGUCGCCGUCUGAUGAGAAUCUUUCCGAAGAAAAUGAUUCCGUAGAAGAAAGGUCUCCACUGGAAUCUGAUGACAGUCAAAACACAGUGGCGGUUGCUUCCAGGAAUAACGUUCUUCAGGCAUGUAUUAUCACUUCUGGACUGAUAGCUGCUCUGGGGGUAACAAUUAGACAGCUCAAUUUGAAGAAAAGAGGUGAGAACAUGGGAGCUGAUGGUGACAGAUUUGAGAAAAGGCUGGCGGGUUGGAAGAGAGCUCUUCCUUUUGAAGGAGCGAGACUUACACUUAUCAAAAGCAUAUUAGUUGGCUUUGAGAUCUGGCAUCUUGAGUUGGUUGCUGGCUUGGUAGUAUUUGUAACAUCAUGUAGAUACCUGCUACUAAGAACAUGGCCAGAAUUCGCUGAAUCUAGUGAGGUAGCCAAUCAGCAGAUUUUUUUCCAAAUUCAGGUGCUUACUUCACUUGAACCUUUGGAUUACUUACUGGUGGCAUUUUUUCCUGGGAUUAGCGAGGAACUCCUUUUUCGUGGUGCAUUGCUACCGCUAUUUGGAAUAAAUUGGAAAAGUGUCUUUCUGGUUGCUGGCAUAUUUGGUAUUCUACAUUUGGGUGGUGGUCGAAAGUAUUCCUUUGCAGUCUGGGCAACCUUUGUAGGAAUAGUAUAUGGUUGGGCAACGAUUGUCUCUUCGAGCAUCUUUGUUGCAAUGGGUUCCCAUGCAUUGAACAAUCUGCUUGGAGGUAUAUUGUGGCGAUACACUUCCAAAUCACUGAAAUAACUCUGUAUUGUUCGGGGUGUUCAAGAAUGGGAAUUCAUGUUCAUUGGGGAGCUCUUUGCAGAAAAUAAGCUUUCCUGUUAGGGAUCUAUGUUCACUUUUUGGUGAUUCUGUUUGCCUGUAGUUCGUUUGUCUCUGAAGGUGACAUUCAACUUUGGAUAAACCCUUAUCUGAAUCAUGUCUUAGUCAUGUUCCUGGUUCUAUUUACGAUUCCUUUUCUUACUCCUACUUUAAUGGGUAUGAUUCUUUGUUUAAUCCCCUCUA